AUAUAUACAUAGACCCAUUGCACCUUUCUUGUUUAUUUUUAUACCUUUCAAAACAGUUUCCUGCAAACCAACCUUUGGAUGGCCACCAAAUUCCUUUCACCAAAACUGCUUCAAAAGAACCUCCCUUUCUUCCUCAGGCCACUCAACUCCACCACCUCCUCCUCCUCUCUAUCCGCCGUUGAAUCCUUAAACCUGACCGGAAAACCUGAACCCACCCCCCCCACCACCACCACCACAGAGAGACCAACAUCAAUCUUGGAGUUGAAUGAUCAUAAGAAACUCUUUCAAACCAUAUCAACUUCAAAACUUGUGCAUGCGUCUUUUGUUCUCCGAAUGGCGGCUUUAGAACCGGUUGUUGAUUUUGGGAUGUGGGUUAUGAAUUCCAAGCUGAUGGAGAUGGAUAGUAUACGUGAUGUUGUGUUAAAGUUUGUAAGGCAUAGUUUUUAUGAACAUUUUUGUGGUGGUGAAGAUACUGACGAGGCAGGGAAGUAUAUUAGAAAAAUUAAUGAGUCUGGUUUAAGGGGUAUGCUUGAUUUUGCCGUUGAAUUUACAAGUGAUAUUGAUGCUUGCGAUAGGAACUUUCUUGGGUUUCAAAAGACUAUUCAAGCUGCUAAAACUCUUUCUCCAUCUUCCGUGAGCUUUGUGGUAGUAAAGAUGACGGCAAUUUGCACACUCAAGCUGCUGGAGAGAGUUAGUGAUUUGUUAAGGUGGCAACAAACUGACCCUUCUUUCAAUCUUCCAUGGAAACAAAACACAUUGCCAAUCUUCUCUGAGGCUAGCCCUUUAUAUCACACGCUUGAAAAGCCAGAAUCUUUAACCCCAGAAGAAGAAUGUGAACUCCAAUUAGGCCAGCAGAGACUAUUGAGAUUAUGUCAAGAAUGUGUUGAUGCCAAUGUCCCGUUAGUAGUAGACGCAGAGCACACAGCAAUUCAACCUGCAAUUGAUUACUUUACAUACUCCUCUGCAAUAAUGCACAACAAAGAUGAUAAUCCUGUUGUGUACAACACGAUUCAGGCCUACCUGAAGGAUGCAAAACAGAGAUUGUUACUGGCAACUAAAGCUGCAGACAAGAUGGGCGUUCCCAUGGGGUUUAAGCUAGUGAGAGGUGCUUACAUGUCAAGUGAAAGAAAAUUAGCCUCUGCCUUAGGCUAUGAUUCUCCCAUUCAUAACACAAUUCAACAGACACAUUCUUGCUAUAAUGAUUGCGCUUCGUUCUUGCUGGAUACGAUUACUAAUAGCUCCCAUGGAAUCAUUCUUGCAACCCACAACGUUGAAUCAGGAAGAUUGGCUGCCAAAAAAGCCCGAGAAUUGGGAAUCAGGAAUGGGGAUCAAAAGCUUGAAUUUGCACAGUUAUAUGGAAUGUCAGAAGCACUUUCAUUUGGUCUGAGAAAUGCUGGUUUUCAAGUAAGCAAGUACAUUCCAUUCGGGCCUAUAGACACGGUUAUACCUUAUCUUCUAAGGAGGGCUGAAGAGAACAGAGGGCUAUUAUCUGCUUCAAAUCUUGACAGAGAACUUAUGAUGAAGGAAUUGAACAGAAGGCUAAAAGCUGCAAUAUUCUGAAAUGAACAAAUUGCCUGCAAUUGUACUUAGUUCAGGACCACCCUAGUUCAUGGGGAUUUGCCUAGCUGUAUGAUCUUGUACAUAAUUGGAAACAAGUUUCCCAAUCCAUGAAUAAUAGAAUUAUUUUUUUUUGAUUG